AUGUGGUUGGGUAUUUUGUGUCUUGUGACAGUGUUGAUUUUAAAAAUAUUGUUCGAUUAUAGACGACCCCAUAAAUUUCCACCAGGUCCUCGAGGACUUCCCCUUAUUGGAAACAUGAUGGAUGUGGCAAACUUAUUGAAAGAGACUAAAUAUUAUGCAGAUGUUUGGAACCAACUGGCUGACAAGUAUGGCCCAGUCGUUGGUCUCAGGUUAGGCUUCGAUAAACCGGUGAUUAUAGUUUCCGGGAAAGCUGCCAUUACGGAAAUGUUGAAUCGGCCGGAAUUUGAUGGCAGACCGGAAGGAUUUAUGUUUAAAUAUAGAUGCGGCGGUGUUCAACGAGGAUUGGUAUUCACAGACACGGAUGUUUGGCAAAAACAAAGGAGGUUUGCAUUGAGAACUCUGAGACAGUUUGGCUUUGGAAAGUACACGAUGGAUCAUAUAAUUCAGCAAGAUGCAAUUGCAUUAAGAAAUAUUAUUAUUGAAUUAACAAGAAACGAGGAAAUGAUGAAUUUGCAUUCUCUCAUUAGCGUAGCCAUUUUUAGCAAUUUAUGGUUCAUCAUAGAAGGAACAAAAUUCGACGUGGGCAAAGAAACCAAAGAAUUGAAAGAAACAAUACACAGGAUUAAAGAUAUUCUUAAAAGUUCGAAUAUUUUCGGUGGCAUUUUAAAUUCCUUUCCUUUUCUGAGGCACAUAUUCCCAGGAUUAACAGGAUUUUCAUUAUUCAAAGAACGACAAGUCCAAAUAGAUGGCUUUUUUGUGGAUGUGAUAUUGAAGCAUAGAGAGAAUAAAAUGGGUGGCCAAUCUACAAAUUUUAUAGAUUCUUAUUUACAAGAAGUGGACGUACAAAAAGCAAAGUCAUCUAUCUCUUCUUUCACUGAAAAUCAAUUAACAUACGUUUUGAAGGAUUUGUUUAUCGCUGGGGUAGACACUACGGACAAUACCAUUGGUUUCAUAAUCGCGUACCUCGUAGUACAUCAGGAUGUGCAAAACAAAGUGCACGAUGAAAUUGAUAGAAUCAUAGGCAAGGAUAUUUGCCCUUCUCUCAGCGAUAAAAAUCGAUUGCCCUAUCUGAACGCAGUCUUAACAGAAGUGGCGAGAGUAGCGAGCAUCACUGCAACCACUAUUCCACAUAGAGCAUUAGCAGACUCCAAUUUACUAGGUUUUGAAAUUAAAAAGAAUUAUUCAUUGCUAGCGAAUCUUAAAAGCGUUCACAUGGACAAAGAGCACUGGGGAGAUCCAAAAGAGUUUCGUCCUGAAAGAUUCAUCGAUGAGAAUGGACAAUUCGUCGAUGACCCAUGGGUGAUGCCUUUCGGAUUAGGUCGCAGAAAAUGUCUGGGAGAAACCGUAGCGAAAAGUACACUUUUUCUUUUUGCAGCAUGCUUGUUCCAAAAGCUACAUUUCAUGCUACCGGAAAAGCAUCCUGAGCCUUGCCUUCGAGGCAUCGAUGGCUUCAUCGUUGCACCGCCUGUGAUGGACAUUAUGAUUGUUCAAAGAUACUGA